AUGGAGUCCAAAAUCCCCGACUUCCUGACUGAGCAAACAGCAUAUGGCACUCCCGAGACGCAACCCUAUUUCCUUACCUUUGAAGACUUUUGGGAGCGAAAGCUAUGGCAUCAGCUCACAGACUCCCUCGUGGAAUUUUUCCGUAUGCCUGAGAGUGCUCCACAGCGCUUGGCCAUCUUCAAGAAGUUCGUGCUCACCUUUGCCGACCGCAUCAACCAAUUGAAGUUCGCUUCCCUGGGUUUGAUGGCAUCAACGGAAUGCGCAGAUGACAAAGAGCGCCUGUCUUUCCUCACAUCCAUCGCGAACAAGGUGGACCAACCCGAAUCACAAGACGCUUAUGUCUAUGCACUUGCCGAAGUUGCCAACGUGAAACUGCGACUACCAGACCUGGAUGGAACACAGAAGGACUUAGCCGCCUGCCAGCGAAUUUUGGACUCGUUCGACUCAGUCGAGACCGCUGUGCAUGCCUCAUUCUACAAAGUGAAUGCAGACUACUACCACGCCAAGGAAGAAUUUGCCUCGUUUUACAAGAACGCCCUUCUGUACCUGGCGUGCAUUGACCUGGAGGAACUAUCAGAGACCGAGCGUGUGUCGCGCGCCUACAAUCUCAGUGUUGCUGCCCUUGUCUCCGACUCAAUUUACAACUUUGGCGAGCUCCUUCUGCACCCCCUCCUAGAUUCCUUGACCGACACACCUCACAAGUGGCUCCGUGAUCUCCUCUUCGCCUUCAACCGGGGUGAUUUGACCGCAUAUGAUGUUCUUGCAGGCAACAUUAGCAAGAACAAGCUGCUAGAAUCGCACCGAGUGUUCUUGUACCAGAAGAUCUCCUUGUCGGCGCUGACAGAGAUGGUGUUCCGACGCCCGCCCCACGACCGAUCCCUCACUUUUGCCGCAAUUGCCUCCGAGACCAAGGUGCAACCAGAUGAGAUUGAGCAUUUGAUCAUGAAGGCUCUGUCACUGGGCUUGCUGCAUGGCUCGAUCGAUCAGAUGGCACAGGUGGCACAAAUCAACUGGGUCCAGCCGAAGGUCUUAGAUAUGAAGCAGAUCGAUGGAAUGCGAAACAGGUUGAAGGACUGGGAUGCCGGUGUGAACCAGCUGGGCCACUGGAUCGAGGGUGUUGGCAAGGAUGUCUGGGCUGCAUAA